AUGUCUCUAUCCACUUUCCCUCCGGACGAUGCGGGUCCCCGCCAGGUUCGACAGUACAUUGUGGACCACCUCAUGUCCAAGCAUGAUACGACAUUGGAAUUUGCCCAGAAGGCCGCUGAUCUGUGGCCUCUGGGUCGUGGACGGGAUUUUCGCAAGGCUACGAUGACCGUGUGGGAGAACGCAGUCAAGGCGUACAGCCCUAUUUUCGGAGAUGCAGCAGCUCCUUAUGUAUUACAGAGUGUACGCGAGGACUGCUGGAAUAAUUGGCGAGCCUCUCCACUUGGUAUCAUGAAUCUUCGGGCAAUCAUCGCCUGCUUCACUUUAUCAGUGCUCUUUUUCAUUUGGACUCGCACCAGCGCCCGGUUCGCAAAGGACCCUAUUCCUUAUAUAUUUCGGAAUACUUGUUGGCCCAUUGGACCUCCAUUGUUGAUCUGUGCAUACCUUGAGCAUGGGCACUCAACGGGGCUGCCUGUGUUCUUUUGGAUCGUAGGGUUUUUUGGCACUUUUAUGGCAAUAUCUGCGACCGCCGUCCUAAUUGCGGAUGGCGAGAAGCCAAGAUUUGAUGAAAAUGCCGAGGAAAAGUUGAAGGGAAAGCCAUCAUAA